AUGAAAUUUUUGAUAAAUUCAUGUGUUAUUAAUUGUAUUGAUGUCAAUACUACAUCAGGUGUUGUGAGAGGACAGACAAUUCACGCUAAAAACUCAGUAUUAGACACAAUUGUUGACCAAUUUUUGGGUAUACCGUAUGCCAUACCACCCAUCGGUAGUCUAAGAUUUGCAAAACCACAACCUAUUGAAACACCACAUAAAUAUAUAAUCGAUGCAACCAAACCUUCAAACUCAUGUAUGCAAAUAACAUAUCCUAAUCAGCAAUUGAUUGUUAGUGAAGACUGUUUAUAUCUAAACAUAUGGUCGACAAAACAUAAAAACACAAAUAAAUUAAAACCAGUCAUGUUUUGGAUACACGGAGGCGGUCUCACAACGGGUUCAAUAUUUGAAAACUUUUAUAAUGGGACAGCACUGGCAUCUAAUGAUGUUGUAGUUGUAUCGACUAAUUAUAGACUCGGAGUAUUGGGAUACCUAUUUGGUGAUCGUAAAGACGCUCCGGGAAAUGUAGGAUUUUUUGACCAGUUAUUGGCAUUGAAAUGGGUUAGAAAUAACAUACAUAAGUUUGGUGGAGAUAAGGAUCUGAUCACUAUAUUCGGUGAGUCGGCCGGUAGUUGGUCUGUAUCAGCACACAUACUGUCACCGCUAUCUAAGGGUUUAUUCAAAAGAGCUAUUAUGCAAAGCGGUGCGCAUAUGUAUAACAAGGACAGGGAUCCAAUUAGUAAAUCCGAUGGCCUUAGUCUAGCAAAACAAAUUGCAUUAGAUUUCAAUUGUAUUAUAACUGAGACGUGUUAUAAUCACAAUUGGAUACAAUGUUUGAGAAAUGUUUCGGCAAAAGAGUUGAUCAAAAAGGUGGCCCGUUUUGACCUAACCUAUCCAGUGGUUGGCACCGAGUUUUUACCACUUACUGCACGUCAAGCAUUUGAACACAACUUAUUUAACUCAGAUAUUGAUGUCAUAGCCGGUAUUACCAAAGAUGAGGGACAAUCCAAUCCCGAUGUCAGGGGACUUAAUAUUACUUACGAUAGAUUCAAAUUAAAUGUUAAAAUAAUUGAUAAUAUUUUUCAUAACAUUGAUAUCGAUAAAGUUUCUGAGUUUUAUCUGAAAAAUAUCAACAAAACGAGUCAACCGGCAGUUAAGAGAGCGUUUGGCGAGUUUUUAGGUGAUAUACUCAUGAAAUGUCCGACCUAUGAGUUUGCCAAACAAGUGGCCAAACGGUUGACCAUCACUGGCCGUAAUGUCUACUUUUAUGACUUAACUUAUGCGAGUCCAUACUUUUCUGAUUUGUUUCAAUGCGAUACCAAAACACAUGAAGUUUGUCACUGUCAGGACUUGCCGUUUCCCUUUGGUCUACCACUACUCGAACCUGAGCUAUACUCACCAACAGAUAUAUUAUUUUCCCGUAAAAUAAUGAAAUUGUGGUCAGACUUUGCAAAGACUGGUAAUGGAGACAAUAAUUGGCCCAAACUAUGGAGUAAUAAUACACCAAAUGUAUGGCAUAUUCGUGAUUUGAAUCCUAAUAAUGUGACCAAAAUUAUUGAUAAUCUUUUUGAUCAAUCAUGUGAUGGCUUUUGGAAAAAUUAUUUUAUUUACAAUGCAAUUGCCAUCAAUUGCAUUGAUAUCAACACCACAUCGGGUGUCGUGAGAGGACAGACAUUACACGUCAAAAAUUUGGUAUUAGAUGUAACUGUUGAUCAAUAUUUAGGUAUACCGUAUGCCAUACCACCCAUCAGUGAUCUAAGAUUUGCAAAACCAUUGCCUAUAAAAACACCACAUAAAGAAAUAAUAGAUGCGACUAAACAACCGAAAUCAUGUAUGCAAUUGCCAUCACUGUUAACGCCUCCGGAUUUCAUGAGUGAAGACUGUCUAUAUCUGAACAUAUGGUCUUCAAAACAAAACAACUUAAAUGAAUUAAAACCAGUUAUGUUUUGGAUCUAUGGAGGAGGUCUCUCAUCCGGUUCAAUAAAUAUUCCUCUUUAUAAUGGGACAGCACUUGCAUCUAAUGAUGUUGUGGUCGUAGCGACUAAUUAUAGACUCGGAAUAAUUGGAUUUUUAUUCGGUGAUCGAAAGGACGCUCCGGGAAAUGUAGGCUUUUUCGAUCAAUUACUGGCAUUAAAAUGGGUUAGAGAUAACAUACAUAAGUUUGGUGGAGAUAAAGAUAAAAUUACUAUAUUUGGUGAAUCGGCCGGCAGUUGGUCGGUAUCGGCACAUAUACUUUCACCGCUUUCUAAAGGUUUAUUCAAAAGAGCUAUUAUGGAAAGUGGUGCCCAUAUGUAUAAUAAGGAAAGGGAUCCGCUUAACAAAACUGAAUCACUAAAUAAUGCCAAAAAGAUUGCAAAUAAAUUUAAUUGUACUAAUGAUUGGAUACAAUGUUUAAGAAAUGUUGACUCAAAAGAGUUGGUUAAAAUACUACCGGAGAUGAGCUUAACAUUUCCAGUGGUUGGCACCGAGUUUUUACCACUCACUGCACGUCAAGCAUUUGAACACAACUUAUUUAAUUCAGAUAUUGAUCUGAUAGCUGGUCUAACCAAAGAUGAAGGACAAGGAUUUAUAGAUAAAAUAAAUGUAACGAUCGAUACAUUUAAAUCAAAUAUUAAACCAUAUGAUAAUGUAUUUCACAAUCUGAAUGCCGACAGUAUAACUGAAUUUUAUCUGAAAAAUGUGAACAAAACGAGUCAACCGGCAGUUCAACACGCUUUCGGCGAUUUUGUUGGCGAUAUACUAAUAAAGUGUCCGACCUAUCACUUUGCCAAACAAGUGGCCAAACAGUUGUCCAACACUACACGUAAUGUCUACUUCUAUGAGCUGACGUACGCCAAUCUAUUCAUUUCCAGUCUUAUCGGAUGUAAAUCAGGUGAUGUUUGUCAUGGUUUGGAUUUAGAUUUUGUGUUUGGUUUGCCAUUACUUAUACCUGAAUAUCAUAAACCAAAAGAUAUAUUUUUUGCACAACAAAUAAUGAAAAUGUGGACAGACUUUGCAAAAACUGGUCUUUUAGAUAAUAAUUGGCCAAAACUAUGGACUAAUAGUACACCUAAUGUCUGGCAUAUCCGUGAUUUGAAUCCCAAUUAUGAUACCAAAACUUUUGAUCAUCUUUUUGAUCAAACUUGCGAUGGUUUUUGGAAAAAUUAUUUUUAAAUUUAUUAAACUCAACUAUUUUUAAUCAAACAUGU